GACAGUUUUGACUUUUGACACUAGAACUUCCUUUUCCUUGUGGCAUGGUGACGGCGUAAGUUGCCGAAUAAGCAACCACAAUGCCGCAGAACGAAUAUAUUGACCGUCAUAGGAAACUUCACGGCAGGAGGCUCGAUUAUGAGGAGCGUAAAAGGAAAAAGGAGGCCCGCGAACCUCACAAGAGGGCCGAGAAGGCACGCAAAUUGCGAGGCCUGAAGGCCAAGAUGUUCAACAAGGAACGACGAAAUGAAAAGAUUCAAAUGAAAAAGAAAAUCAAAGCGCACGAGGAGAAGAACGUGCGGCAAAACACAGAGAAGGUGGCGGAGGGUGCCGUGCCAGUGUACCUUCUUGACAGAGAUGUCCAAUCCAGGGCCAAGGUGCUCUCCAAUAUGAUCAAACAGAAACGUAAAGAGAAAGCUGGCAAAUGGGAUGUCCCUAUCCCCAAAGUGAGAGCACAGGCCGAUGCCGAAGUAUUCAAAGUCCUCAAAUCUGGCAAAUCCAAGCGCAAAGCCUGGAAAAGAAUGGUCACCAAAGUCACAUUCGUAGGUGAAAACUUUACUCGAAAGCCACCUAAAUUCGAAAGGUUCAUCAGGCCAAUGGCACUCAGAUUCACCAAAGCACAUGUCACACACCCAGAACUGAAAGCCACAUUCUGCUUACCCAUUAUCGGUGUAAAGAAAAACCCAAGCUCCCAAAUGUACACAAGUCUGGGUGUCAUCACCAAGGGUACUGUGAUAGAAGUCAAUAUCUCCGAGUUGGGUCUGGUUACGCAGGCCGGUAAAGUUGUAUGGGGGAAGUACGCUCAGGUCACCAAUAAUCCAGAGAACGAUGGAGUUAUUAAUGCUAUACUUAUAGUUUAAUUUGUACAACUUAUUCCAUGCCACAAAUAAAUGAUAAAGAUAC